GGCUUUUCUUCUUUCCACAGCUUGCAAGGAUCUCUGGUUUUUGCAAAACAGUUCUGAGAAAACAAUGGCCAACUUCUCCUUAUGGGCAACUUUUGGAUUAUGUUUGUUGAAGCUCUGUCUAACAGAAACACAAUUCAAUGUAAGUUGCAGAUACGGAGGAGUUUUUCAUGUGGAGAAAAAUGGUCGCUACAGUCUCACACGAUCUGAAGCAGUUGAACUCUGCAGAGCUCUCAAUAGUACCUUGUCAACACUAGAGCAGUUGAAGAAAGCUCAUGAACUUGGAUUUGAAACUUGCAGGUAUGGUUUUGUAGUGGGGAAUAUUGUUAUCCCACGAAUCAAUCCCUAUUAUCUUUGUGCAGCAAAUCAUACUGGCAUUUACAAACUUUCAGCAAACACAACUGGUCGGUAUGAUGCAUACUGUUACAAUGCGACAGAAACAAGGGACAAAGCAUGUGAGCCAAUUGAAAGACUAGAUACUUCUUUCCUCAACAAUCAGGGUGAAAUAGUCAUUGACAAUGCAGAUGGCUCACGUUAUAAUGCAGAUGGCACACGUCAUAGCGGAGAGUCCUCAACCUCAGGUGCAGAUGAUGAAAAUGUAGGUAGUGGAUCAACACAUGACACAACUCCCAUGGAUACCUCCAUCAGGAGAUCCAGCCCCUCAUAUUAUGGAAGUGCUACUCCAGUCUCACAGCUGCCAGAUCAUUCUUCUGGAGGGGGUGAAAAAGAAAUUCCUAGAAAAGAUUCUGAUGAUGAAGUUUCUCCUGUAUCACCUGACAUCUCUUUGGUGACGGCAGCUGAUGAUUCCCCUGAAAAAGACGGUGGACAGUAUCCUACGAGUACUACUCCAGGGCCUCAUCAUGACAACCUGGAGAAAGCCACCACCCAAGCUCGGUGGAAUCCGUUCUCAAACCACUGGUGGUGGUCAAAUCCUGGAGAGAAGACGCAAGAACCCACACAAGCAACCAAGGAUGUGACCUCAAGUGGCAAUGGUUCAGACGACGAAGACUCUUCAGAGGAGACAAUUUACCCAACAGUGUUUCCAGGCUGGGACAGGAGUGUGGCCAAGGACGAGUAUGCUCCAAGUACUACUCCAGGGCCUCAUCAUGACAACCUGGAGAAAGCCACCACCCAAGCUCGGUGGAAUCCGUUCUCAAACCACUGGUGGUGGUCAAAUCCUGGAGAGAAGACGCAAGAACCCACACAAGCAGCCAAGGAUGUGACCUCAAGUGGCAAUGGUUCAGACGACGAAGACUCUUCAGAGGAGACAAUUUACCCAACAGUGUUUCCAGGCUGGGACAGGAGUGUGGCCAAGGACGAGUAUGCUCCAAGUACUACUCCAGGGCCUCAUCAUGACAACCUGGAGAAAGCCACCACCCAAGCUCGGUGGAAUCCGUUCUCAAACCACUGGUGGUGGUCAAAUCCUGGAGAGAAGACGCAAGAACCCACACAAGCAGCCAAGGCUGUGGACUCACAACAUGAAACACUUCUGGAAAUCUCCACGCAAGAUCACUGGAACCCUGCCUAUACAGAUGAAGAGGAGCAGUAUCCUAGCUCUGCUGGCAGGGCACUAGUUACAAGUGAAAAUGAAAAACGUCAAGGACCAACCCAACAUCCCCUAUUACACAGUGUUCAUUCUGGAUGGAUCAGUCAAGAACAAAAUCCUGCAAAUACCACUGGGAGUAUUGAACAACAUGAAUUUACUGUUGCAGGUGAAAAUGAUAUUGAAAAGGAAUCUUCUCAUACAGCUAUGGCCUCCAACCAUGGGGUCAAACAGAACGACUCGGCGCAAGACCCAUUGGUGUAUCCAGGUUGGGACAAGGGCGAGGAUUAUGCCACACAACCUGCUAUAAUGGAUAGAAUUAUUCCUUCCAGAGAGAAUAAUCAUGAAAAAGAGUCUUCCACUACAGCUGUUGCCUCUCCUGAUGGUGCCCACCAUGAAGACCCAACUCAGCCACCUCCACCUUCAAAUAAUGAACCACGACAGGGCACUGAAGGCAUCACGCAUCCCACGGACGCCCCUGGGAAUGAGGUCCUCCACAGGACCACAGCUAGUACGAACAAAGCUGGUGACGACUCUUCUCUGACGGGUACCAUCACAGAGUCCGUGGAUGAUGUUAACCAAGAGAAAGCAACCAAGGAGCCACUGGCACCUGGCACUCCACCUGGAAGUGAAAGUCAACAAGCAAACACCACAGAUGGUUCCCAUGUCAAUUGGAUACCUGGAGUUUUUCCAGACAUUGAAGAUCAUCUUAACCAAUUGCAGACCCCUCUGCCUACGACUGUUGCCUCUCCUGAUGGUGCCCACCAUGAAGACCCAACUCAGCCACCUCCACCUUCAAAUAAUGAACCACGACAGGGCACUGAAGGCAUCACGCAUCCCACGGACGCCCCUGGGAAUGAGGUCCUCCACAGGACCACAGCUAGUACGAACAAAGCUGGUGACGACUCUUCUCUGACGGGUACCAUCACAGCCUCCACUGAUGUUCUGAAACCAGAAGAUAUAACCCAGGAAGCAUGGGCACCUCGCAUUGUAGUAACAGCUGUUGCCUCUUCUGAUGGUGCCCACCAUGAAGACCCAACUCAGCCACCUCCACCUUCAAAUAAUGAACCAGGACAGGGCACUGAAGGCAUCACGCAUCCCAUGGACGCCCCUGGGAAUGAGGUCCUCCACAGGACCACAGCUAGUACGAACAAAGCUGGUGACGACUCUUCUCUGACGGGUACCAUCACAGAGUCCGUGGAUGAUGUUAACCAAGAGAAAGCAACCAAGGAGCCACUGGCACCUGGCACUCCACCUGGAAGUGAAAGUCAACAAGCAAACACCACAGAUGGUUCCCAUGUCAAUUGGAUACCUGGAGUUUUUCCAGACAUUGAAGAUCAUCUUAACCAAUUGCAGACCCCUUUGCCUACGAGAUCUACCUCCAGUAUAUAUGGUAAUCAAGGACCACACAAGGGACAUUAUGAAUCCACUACUUUCCCUGGAGAGACCACAACAACAAAAAUAGUUUCACAACCAAGGUCGGCCCAGAUACCAGAAUGGCUGAUCAUAGUUGCCGCUCUUGUGGCACUUGCGUUGAUUCUUGCAGUGUGCAUUGCUGUUAACAGUCGGAGAAGAUGUGGGCAGAAGAAAAAGCUAGUGAUUAACAAUGGCAAAGGGACAGUGGAGGACAGGAAGACAAGUGGAUUAAAUGGAGAUGCCAGCAAAUCACAAGAAAUGGUGCACUUGGUUCAUAAAGAACAGUCAAAUGACCGAACAGGAGCAUGUGACGAAUUCCUGACCAUUAAUGAAACACAAAAUCAUCAGGAGCUUGACAUGAAGAGUGGAGUGUAAUGGUACCAAGUUGCCAAGUGGAUCAGAGCUGGGGAAAUCAAAAUCAUAUGGAACUUGGACAGGAAUUCACAGAUGCACUGUGCUACUGAUGUCUUUUAAACAUAAGUUUUAUUCAUUUUUAAUCACUGUAAAAUGAUGUCUGAGUUACAAAAUUGACAUUUGCUUUCUGAAAUAAGCCCCCAAGAGUUGCAUAAUGUUUUCAGUUCCCGGUUCUUACACAGAGGGCACUCCCUGUGUCCUGGGUGUUAGGAGGGACACAAGUUUACAUCAUUGUUCCCCAGAUGGAGGGUCUUCGCUGUGCAGAGCUACAGAAGUAUCCAGUCACUCCAUCUUAUAGGCAUUUAAGGUACUAAAUUUGCCAUGGUACAAGAGUAAGUGAGGAACAAAUGUCAAGAGCAAAAAUCAAGUUUAAACCAAAAAGGCCUCCUAUACAAUGUCUAAAACAUCAGAAUCCUUCAGAAAUGCCUUCCAGCCAGGAAGAGCAGUAGGUGCAUUCAGAGUCUGCCAGUAUAAACAAAAAGUGACAUUUUAUAAUGAUUUAUGGCUUGGUCUGCAAUGAGGGAAACCCAGAAGGAAAAAAUUUAUUUAUGUCUAUUUUUAAAUGUCUAUGGGCAUACAGCAAGUCUUCUUGGGAGGGGGAAUAAAGAAAUGAAAAUAUGAGCUGAUACAUAAUAAACUUCUAUGCUUUAUUAUCCUAACAAUCUGUACAGUUAUCCUUGAGUUUUUGAGGUGUUCAUUGCUCUUCCCCCUCCCUCCUUCAUUGGUCACAGUUUGUGCAUGUUUUUAAUGAGUCAGUUAGGAUAAUGAAUAAAACAGAAUGACCCCAGCUCUAUCGCACAUGCAAAAAUCAAGCAAUUGGAGAUCAUUAGCGAAGAUGACAGUAUUUUAUUCCUGAAGAAUAGGUCUCUGUCUUCUUCUGCUCCAUUUUACUUAGGAGAUGCUGAGCCUAGUAAAACUUGUUUCCUCUAUAACUAUUAUGUUACACCAGUUUGCUGAUAUUUUAAAAGUUGCCUAUGAUCUUGCUCACUUCCUCUGAAUUCUAUUUAAUCCACGUUUUUGCCUCUGCUUUUUAAAAAUACCAAAAGAAACAUUGCUUGCUAAUUGGUACCAGAAGUUCAAAUUCUACAGAAAAGAUCAAAGAAAAUUAAAGGAAACUCUCCCAGCCAUGUAAUAUAGUAAAGUAGCUGCAGCUGCAUUGUUACAUGCUUUUGUUUUGUCCUUAUGUGUCUGUUACGUAAAGUAUUUGUAUUAAGCUAUGAUGCUGUGCAUUAUAUUGAUAUGAAUUGUCAGAAAGAAAAUUGUUUACUACCAGUGGUCUGUGCCAUUUUUAAGAAAGCGUAUUGGAAUGGAGGGAGAAUGAUAACUUCUAAUUGGGCUGCCUCAAGAAAAUGCAAGUAAAAACAAUCUAAGGUAAUUGCAACCAGUGGUUUGUGUCAGUUGUGGGAUGGGGAAUGUCCUGUAGCAGGGUUAUUCAAGUGCUCCUGUUCACUGACCAUAGCACCUGUCUUUGAAACUGUUCUGCUAAAGCAUGUUAUUUUAUGUUCUCCAUCUGAAGCAAUUUAGAGGAUGAGUACUCGGCUGGCUAAAUACUAACAUUAGCUAGCACUGAUUUUUACUGGAACAUAAAUCACAAGACUGUUGAUUAUAUUUCUCAGUAACAGCUCUCCAGCAGUUUCCCAUGUGUUUCAUCAAGUUGCUCAGUGCCCUGGUAUCUGCAGGCAGAUCUCCUCAGGGGCAAUUUAUGCCUGGGCAAAAGGUCCCAAGACAAGGUGUGAUUUUAAAGUACACAUAGGAUGUCUUCUGACUUUAUGUAGGUCAGUAUGUUUCAUCUAUGAACAGUCACACAGGUCGUGGUCCAAAGGUGUUCAAACAAACUGAAUGAAGCUAAUGGGGUCAAGGAGGUGUACGCUAUCAGUACUUAUGGUCCACUGUCAAACUUCUCAGUCCUUUCAUGUAUUUUAAUACUGAACUGUGUAGUGGGAAGUCUGUUGACUCUGUGCAUUGAUUUUUGUUUAAUUUCUGUAAUGUUUUUAAGCAAGCUUUUCUAUUUGUCAUUAUAAAUCAAAAUGAUCUGUUGAAGGCUGCGUUUAAACUGGUGUUAUGUACUCAUUUUACUAAG